CAUGUUGCGUGCAACUGAGCAUGCUCGGGAGUAUUUGGGGUUAAAACUUGACGGACAGCCGAAAAGGGGACCCAGCUAGGCCGGUGUGGUUGCAAUCGAGUUUUUGCACGCCAUGGGGAAGAGGGACAACCGGGUGCCAUGGCGGCAUGUGACACAGACUUCUUUCAAGGAUAAGGGGGAGAAAGCUUGUGAAAUGGUCGUAUAGACUGCAUGUUCAGUGCUACCAAGUUGAAUGGCUUACAUGAAUCCCAUAGCAAUGGCUCGAUCAAGAGGUCCUGCUCCAUCAUCAGGACCCACCAUACAAGACUAUUUGAAUAGACCAAGGCCAACGUGGGAAGAAGUAAAAGAACAACUGGAGAAGAAGAAAAAGGGCUCCAAGGCUUUAGCAGAAUUUGAAGAAAAGAUGAAUGAGAACUGGAAGAAAGAGUUGGAAAAGCAUAGGGAGAAAUUGUUAAGUGGAAGUGAGAGCACUUCACGAAAGAAAGAGAAAAAGAGGAAGGAGAAGAAAAAAUCCAGUAGGUUGUCUCCAUCUUCCUCUUCCUCAUCAAGUUCUGAUUCUUCCAGUAGUUCUUCUGAUUUUGAAGAUGAGGAUAAAAAAGGGAAAAAGAGAAGGAAAAAGAAGUAUCACUCCUCCCGGAAGUCGUCUGAAAGCUCUAAUUCAGAUUCUGAAUCUGACAGCAAGGACAGUUUAAAAAAUAAAAGAUCAAAGGAAGAUCGUGAAAGAGAAAAGGACAGCAAAACCCUUGUUCGGAAAAGGAUAAAAAAUGAGCGUGGGGAUGCCCUGUUAUCAUCAGAUUCUGCCUCGGAAUCUGACCAUAUAGAGGAGGUGCCAACAAAAAAGAAGAAAAACAAUGAAGAAAAAGAAAAAAAUGAUAAAACAAAAAAACGAAAGAAGCACAAGAAGCAUGGGAAAAGGAAGUAAAAGAAGCUAGCCCAAGUUCUCACUCGGAAUAACUUCAGUCGAGAUUUUUUUUCCUACAAAUCGAAAGUGCAAUGAGAUUAGAGAAAACUGCAACUGUGAAAAUGACGACUUUACCAAACUGCAUGAGCUCUCCUGUGUGUUAACAAUAUUCUAGACUUUCAGCUUGCCCAGCGCUGUGGAGCUGGAAGCAGCCAUUGUCGUUGCCUGAUGCUUAAAACAUGUAGUACCUCUUUCCUUCUCUCUCUCUCUGUCUUUCUCUCUCAUAACUGGUGUUGAAUGUUCUUAAAGGACUCCUGAGCACAUGGUUUUAAAUGAUUCAGCAGCACUGUGGAGUUGGGGUUUCGACAGUGCUUUGUUGCACACGUGCAGUUUAUAUAUGUUAUGGGUUCCUCUACCUUGUAGUGAAAGGAACUGGUUCUGCCAAUCCAAAGCAGUUGUGAAUAUGGAUCAGUUCCAUCAGUUGUUGUUAAUGGAACAGGCUUGGUGGACAGUGACUUUGUGGAUAGUAUAUGCGGUGGAACUGCUGUGCCCAUAAUGAUUCAAAAGUUGCUUUGUGUAUUUAUUUUUGUCAGUAUGGCAAUUUAAUAUUUAGUUUGUUCACUAGGAAGAUGUUUUUGCAAAAUUCCUCUUUAAAGAUGGACAUGCCAUAACAAUUUCUUUGACAUUUAAUUGUUACUGAUGCUUCUUGAAAUGGGUACAUGCCUGUAACAUACAUAUGUGGUAGAUGUGUGUAACUUUGUGCUUGAUGUUGGGGUGGGAAAUAUGUUCAUGCUGUCUUGGAUUAGUAGAACACAUCAAUCCUUGCAGACAGCAGCAGUACUUGCUAAUAUAGUAGCUGGGCACAUAAGUGUAAUGUCAACAAUCUGUUGCUCUGUAGAUAUGGGGCAGAAUUUCUUGGGCAUUUUUCCUAUGCAAGCCAUGUUGAAAUAAAGGGGAGCUACAUGGGAGCAGUUGUGCAGAUAGAUCAUAUGGGCAGCGCCGCCACGUUCCUGUGCUACCAUACCUCCCCAUUGACAAGGAGGUAGGAUGGGCUAAUAGUUAUGAGAAAGGUUCACAUGGGUGAGAGGAACUCUGCUGCCAUACUUCACCCAGCUUCUUCCCAGCCCUGGGAGAAAAGUGCCUGCAGCAUCGAAUGUGGGGAAGUGAGAUAGGGGAAUGAUUGAACUUCUAUUCCUCCUUUUAUUCUUUUAAAAAAAGUCACGCCCACAUCUCACUUCCCUACUUUAUAUGAGAAUAGUCCAGACACAUGGAUAACAAAUGUACCUGUCCCCUUACAUCUGGCUUGGCUGUUAGUUAAUUCUGGAACUGCAGCAUAUGCUGCAGAGCUUAGCAAAAACACCAAUGCAUAGCUGACCUCCAAAAAGUGGAUUUUUAUCCCACUAAAUUAAAAGAAUACUGUGCUAAUUAUACACGUUACUAUCAUUUCAAAUAUUGGUGAGUUGGACUGAGCUUUUUUGGCAAAACUUUUAUUCUUUGUGUUGUAAUUAAGGUAUUUAGAAUUAAUAUUUUGUGUGGUUUUGUACCAUUUUUUAAAUUAACCAAUAGAGAAAUACAGUUGUAACCAGUGGGUUGUUUUUUCUCCCUAAUAAUUAUGUUCCACAUGCAGCAUUAUUAUAGAUGUUGUAAUUCCUAUUGCAUUCAUGGUUAUGUUUAAAUACAUACUUGCCAGAGAUAUUUAGCAUGUAAAACGCUGGGGGGGGGGGGGGAUUUGAUAUCAAACAGCUUCAUAUUGAAGCUGAUUUUAUUCUACACUAGUUCAGUGAUAGACCUGUUAUGCAACUGUGUCUUGGAAUAUAAAAUUACUGGCCGACACUCAGUAAAGAAAAUGUUUCAAAAA